AUGGCGAUCUCCAAGACCACCCAGCCCUCGCCGGCGGCCAUCUUCCUCUCAGGGGCGGCCUCAGCGACUGCGCUGCUCGUCUUCUUCUACACCGCCACCGCAGGCCCCGCGUGGCCCACGACGACGACGGAGUUCACUCCUCAGGGAAGCCAGGCGGUGGCUCGGCCGGCUUCUGCACCGGCGACGAAGGCUUCUUCUCCUACCGCUACCAAUGCGGUACGAUCUACUCGUAUUUGCUCUUCGGCCAUUUGCUAUCUAAUCUGCUUAACGGUUUCCUUUGCGCAGACAGGCGGCGACGACGCGUUCGCGCGGAUGCUGCGGCGGGCGGCCAUGGAGGACCGGACGGUGAUCAUGACGUCGGUGAACGAGGCGUGGGCGGCGGAGGGGUCGCUGCUGGACUCCUUCCUCGAGAGCUUCCGCGUGGGGCUCAACAUCUCGCACCUGGUGAAGCACAUCGUGGUGGUGGCCAUGGACGAGGGCGCGCUCCGCCGGUGCCGCGCCGUGCACCCGCACUGCCACCUGCUGCUCCCGGACGUCCACGGCCUCGACCUCUCCGGCGCCAAGACCUACAUGACCAAGGACUACCUCGACCUCGUCUGGAGCAAGCUCCGGCUCCAGCACCGCGUCCUCCUCCUCGGCUACAACCUCCUCUUCACGGACGUGGACGUGGCGUGGUUCCGGGACCCGCGGGUGCACAUCACGGCGGCGGCGGACAUCACGACGUCGAGCGACUUCUACUUCGGCGACCCGGACGACCUGGGCAACUACCCAAACACGGGUUUCAUCUACUUCAAGGCCACGGCCCGCAACGCGCGCGCCAUGGCGUACUGGCACGCCGCCAGGGCGCGCUUCCCGGAGAACCACGACCAGUUCGUCUUCAACGAGAUCAAGCGGGAGCUGGCGGCGCCGCCCAUCGGCGUCCGGAUCAGGUUCGUCGACAGCAAGCACGUCAGCGGCUUCUGCCAGCUCGGGCGCGACCUGAACCGCAUCGCCACCGUGCACAUGACCUGCUGCAUCGGCCUGGAGAACAAGCUGCACGACCUCCGGCGCGUCGUGGAGGACUGGAGGCGCUACGUGUCGCGCCCGGAGUGGGAGCGCCGGGCCGGCAAGAUCGGGUGGAGGUUCGAGGGAGGCAAGUGCAUACAUUGA